UUACAUUUUAUUUUAGAGACAAAAAUUAAACAAGUCGAAGUUUACAGGCAGCUUCCUUCAAUGAAUAUAUUUAGCGUUAAAACUAAAAGGAACAUGUCGUUAAAAUAUGUGUUGUUUAAAUGCAUCACUUUCGGAUAUUUCAUUACAUUUGGUGCCAAAUGUUGUCCUGCCGGAUACUGCUGGCAGUCUGGUGGAUGCUACCUUGUUGUUGGUCUCAAUGUGUCCUGGAUUGAUGCUAGGAACUAUUGUAAAGUAUUAGGCGGAAACCUGCUUUCAGUAGAGUCGUCUACAACACAGCGUGCCACAGAAAUAGCUGUUAAUCAAUUCAGCGGUACAAUAUUUCCAGGAAAGUUCUGGUUAGACUUCAACGACCUCUUGAACCCAAAGGACUGGAAAAAAAUGCGAGAUCAUCAUGCCCUAGUGUACGAAAACUUGCAUCCAGCACUAGAAUCAACUGAAGUUGAACAAGCAGUUCACAACUGUGUAUACAUGGAUCAGGACUACCGUUGGUUACCAGAGCAUUGCGGCAAAAAGAUGAACUUUGUCUGUUAUGCAUCAGGGUCUAUAUCAACAGGCAACGUUCAGUCCGCCAGUAUUCAGAGAAGCUGUGAUCACUCUGAAGAAGACAGUGUACCUGACGACACGAAUACUCCUAAAGACCGCGUUGUGGAAACUGAGAUAGAGGAAGAUUUCUUUGAUCCUUUCGGUUGGUUUGAGGAAUACUAGUAACGCAUUUAUUUUCAAAACAAUUCUUACAGCUAUCGUGCGAAAUUUAUUCAUACUUGAAUAUUUUGUAGCUACUCGUAGAUGCAAGUUCUCAAAUCAGGGUCAAAUAACUUUGCAGAUUCAGAAUGAAAAAAACAGUGAUAUUGCUUUAGAGGAAACUAAGUUAAAACGUGAAUGAAUAUGUUAAAACUUGUUCAUCUUAUCUAUAUAUGUAUCAAUUAACGAUGUGGUAAUAUGCUUUCAAUGAAAAUAAAGGAAUAGUGCUAUUGUAAUAAAAUAGA